AUGGUCCUAAAGACAAGGCCAAGGAUGUUCCAGGGCUACCACUCUUCCUUCGGUGUACCUCAAGUCAUUGAAGAUGCCAUUACCGUGGUUCAAAAACUGGGACGACAAUUUCUAUGGGUUGAUAAAUAUUGCAUCAAGCAAUGGGAUUCCGAUUAUAAAGAAAGUCAGAUCCAAGUCAUGGAUAAAAUAUAUGAGGGUGCCGCUGCAACGACUGUUGCUGCCCCUUCGAAAAGUCGGGCCCUGGUCUGCCAAGUGUCAAUCGUUGGCACGUAUUACAGCAACCGGCUGAGCAGAUUGGACAUCACUUGCUGGUGUCUACGUUAUCACAUGCUUCAGUCGCUAUAG